AUAAAAGUAAGGUGCAUAUGAUACGUGAUGCGUUUAGUAAAAUGGGAAUAAUAAAUUCGUAUAAAAUUGACAUUACUCAUUUUAAAACUACGUAUAAGAUCAUUGGAGAAUAAUUGAUUGAUCUACGCAAGAUUUCGACAAACGUCAACUUCAUUAUCUUUUUACUGAACUUCACUGAAUACGAGGGAACGUAAGGCGCGCGAAAUAUGUCAAAAAUAACUGGUUAUGACACGCACGACGAUGGACCAGGUUUUGUUGGCAUUAGAUUUUGUCAAGAAUGCAACAACAUGCUAUAUCCGAAAGAAGAUAAAGAGAACAAAGUAUUAAUGUACGCGUGUAGAAACUGUGAUUUCAAGCAACUGGCUGACAGUAACUGUAUUUACGUGAACAAGAUUAUGCACGAAAUAGAUGAAUUAACCCACAUUGUAGCAGAUGUCAUAUCAGACCCUACUUUACCAAGAACCGAAGAACAUCCAUGUCCAAAGUGUAAUCACAGAGAAGCAGUCUUUUUUCAAGCACAAACUAGACGAGCAGAAGAAGAAAUGAGGUUAUACUAUGUGUGCACUAAUCAGCAUUGUUCUCAUAGAUGGACAGAAUAA